AUGCCGCCUACGAAGCUGGCACAAGUUGGCACUGCAGCAUAUAUUUCGAAUCUUGGCAGUCUUGCUUUCUCUGACUGGAUUCUGGAAUGGACGCCUUUCUUCCUGGUAUCGACAUACUUUAUCGUAUCGACCGCGAUAUUUUGCCUGGUGAAUCAGGCGACGAUUAAGGUCUUCUAUUUCUUCUACAUGGCAACAAAUUUCUACAUCGCCGCAUGUUGUGUGAUAGAGUCUUUCUUGGGCUUGACACCGGUGCGUGAUGCACGAAAAGCUGCGAUGGCAGUCGAAGCUGCAGGGUGUUUUCCCAGCGACCUCAAUGGCAAAGUCCAAGAUCUACCGGUUAUUGACAUGGUAAUUGUCGCCUACUUGCCAAACGAGAAAGACAUCAUUCGCAAUCAGGUCCUUUACGCGUGUGAGGAGCUCAUGUAUCCGAAGGAGAAAUUACGAGUCAAUCUUGUCUACAACACCCCGAAAGCCAUCGAACCACUUGAGAGCGAACUUGCUCUACUCCCGGAACAGUACAAGAAUCUUCGGGUGAUCAAAGUACCAGGAUCCAAAUCCAAGGCAGACAACCUCAACUACUUCUUUGGUCUACGUUCCGACGCUGAUGUCAUUGGAAUCUUCGACAGUGAUCACUGUCCACACCCUUGGAAUCCACGAUGGGCAGCUGAACGCUUUCUGGCCGACCAAUCCGUGGACAUUGUGCAAGGUCGGUGCAUCGUCUACAACACCAACGAAAGUUUCUGGGCAAAGAUGAUAGCCAUAGAGUUCGACAAGAUCUACGCAAUUUCCCAUCCAGGUCGAAGCAGAAUGUUCGGCUUUGGUCUCUUCUGCGGCUCCAAUGGCUACUGGAAAGCACCACUACUUCGCGAACACAAAAUGCAUGGCGAAAUGCUGACGGAAGAUAUCGAUUCCGCCCUGCGCGCGUAUGGCAAGGGCAAGAAAGCCGUGCACGAUAUGAAUGUGUGUUCGUUCGAGAUGGCACCAAACAGCUUCCAAGCAUUCUGGAAACAGCGUCUCCGGUGGGCUCAAGGCUGGACUCAAGCAUCGUACGUCCACAUGCCGAUGACGUGGAAUAAUCCACCAGAUGGCAAGAAACGAGGCUUUGAUGAGCGAUUUGGCAUCGUGUCUUUGCUGCUCGUACGAGAAAUUAGUUAUUACCUCGUCACCCAGCACACCUGUCUGCUAUUCAGCUUCGUCAUUGUCGACUGGCCUCACACUGUUGGAGAGUUUGUGCACUUGCUCUUCUUCAGAUACCCUAUGGCGGAAUGGUUCUUCUUCGCGACCAUCGUUGCAUUGCUCUUCACGCUUUACUUCACUGAGAAAGUGCGAUCAGAGUUCAGUACGCGGUGGCAGAUGGUGCUCUUCUGCUCUAUGUACAUCCCAUAUCUUGUCCUGAUGGCAACGAUGGGACUCUACGGACAUGCACGACAGAUCAUCAAAUACUCCUCAUGGAACCCGACAGCCAGGAAGUAA